AUGGUUUCAGAUCACCGUUUCUUGCAGAAAUCUUCUCGACAUGGACACGUUUUCCAAAUCAGAUCCAAGUACGAUGUUGACUCCAAGAGCACCAACCUCUCAAAACACGAUUUUCUGGGCCAGGCCGUCUGCACAUUGGGGGAGAUGGUGGGAUCGCUAGGCAGUCGUCUGGAGAAGCCUCUUGGGGGGAUUCCCGGGAAGAAAUGUGGGACGAUUAUUGUGAAGGCAGAGGAGCUUAACAACUGCAGGGAGUCUGUGAUGAUGCAAUUUUGUGGCAACAAACUGGACAAAAAGGACUUCUUUGGAAAAUCUGACCCCUUCCUAGUGUUUUACCGCAGUAACGAGGAUGGAACAUUCACCAUUUGCCAUAAAACAGAGGUGGUAAAGAACACUCUCAACCCUGUGUGGGAGGCCUUCAAAAUACCUGUCAGGGCCUUAUGCAAUGGCGAUUAUGACAGAACGAUCAAAGUUGAAGUGUAUGACUGGGAUCGAGAUGGCAGUCACGACUUUAUUGGGGAAUUCAGCACAAGUUACAGAGAACUAUCAAGAGGCCAGUCACAAUUCAACGUGUAUGAGGUCAUAAACCCGAAGAAGAAGGACAAGAAAAAAAAAUACCUCAACUCUGGAACAGUUACACUGCUGUCAUUUCUCAUCGACACUGAAGUCACCUUCCUAGACUUUAUCAAGGGCGGGACUCAGAUUAAUUUCACAGUGGCGAUUGAUUUCACGGCUUCUAAUGGCAACCCAGCCCAGCCCACCUCCCUCCAUUACAUGAGUCCAUAUCAGCUCAACGCCUACGCCAUGGCGCUCAAAGCCGUGGGGGAGAUCAUACAGGACUAUGACAGCGACAAGAUGUUCCCUGCACUAGGUUUCGGAGCUAAAUUGCCUCCUGAUGGGAGAGUAUCCCAUGAGUUUGCCCUAAAUGGAAACCCUCAGAACCCAUAUUGCAAUGGCAUUGAUGGAGUAAUGGAGGCGUAUUACCAGAGUCUUAAAUCUGUCCAGCUCUACGGUCCCACCAACUUCUCACCUGUCAUCAACCACGUUGCCAGAUACGCUGCAUCAGUAAAGGACGGAUCGCAGUACUUUGUCCUGCUCAUCAUCACAGAUGGAGUAAUAUCAGAUAUGGCCCAGACAAAGGAGUCCAUUGUUAAUGCUGCAUGUCUUCCUAUGUCAAUUAUUAUUGUUGGAGUCGGACCAGCUGAGUUUGAUGCCAUGAUUGAGCUGGAUGGAGAUGAAGUGAGGAUUUCGUCAAGAGGCAGAUAUGCUGAAAGAGACAUUGUUCAGUUUGUUCCAUUUAGAGACUAUAUCGACCGCACUGGAAACCACAUCCUCAGCAUGGCCCGCCUAGCCAAAGACGUUUUGGCUGAGAUUCCAGACCAAUUCCUGUCUUACAUGAGGACCAGAGGCAUCAAGCCGUCCCCCGCUCCCCCUCCAUACACACCCCCAGGACACCCGCUUCAAACUCAGAUCUGAAAGGGGCCCAGGAGCGAGCCUUGCUGCAUCUCAGUAUCUCUUUCUCAAUCACUCAGUGAUCUGAAGGUUCCCUCAGCUCUAUCUGUUCCUUUCUCUUUGCACUAUGGGGACUAUAGAUGGACAUCAUGGUUAGACAGGGUUCUGAGGACAAGUUUACUUCCAUUAAAGGCGUUCUCUAUCAGGAUAUCUUGCUCUUUCUCUCUCUGUCUCUCAAUGCCUGGUUAGCUCGUUUUUGAGGGCCACGUUUGAAUGAUCUUCUUGGCUGUAGCUUAAUGAAGGAAAAACAGGCAGGUGAAUGAAGUGAAGGAACGACUAAGAAAUGGAGCUGAUAGUGUUGCGCCCUGUCUUACAGCAGCCGAGCAGCUUCCUCUGACCAGGAAAAGACUAAUCAAUCGCCAGUCGCAAAUUGUUGUAAAUAACUUUUGAAGUAAAUUUCUUCUGUCGUUUCUUAUCUUCUUCUCGCUCUCUCUUUGUUUUCUGAACUCUCACUUAAUGUUUACAUGUUAAUGAUUUUCUUACUGUUGGAUCUAACUUUUAUAAGUGUCUUCAACACUUUGCCAGGUGAAUCCUUGCCGCGUGUUAUCUUUGCCAUGGCUGUCAGGUCACAGCUGCCGUUAUCGUUGCGAAAAAAAACAAAUUUCUUGCAUGGAAAUGGUGUGCAAAGGCAUGUGAUGCAUGUUUCAGAACGUUCACUUUAUUUUGGCCUUUUGUCUUUUUCACAAUACCAGUUACUUUCUCUUCCUUUUACCUUAUAUCUUUCUUUUUGAUAAAUUUUUUAUUUUUGCCCUGGGAGAAGUGCGACAGAUGGGCAACUCACUCUGUAAAGAGAACCUCAUAUGACACAUUGUGCUUCUUUAUGUUUGAAUAUGAGCUCUCAAAUCAGAGCGCAGUGGUCAGAAACACAGAUGCCAUUAUUAUUUCCUGUCUAAAAACAUUGUUUGGAUGUUUUGUCUUUUUCUCUUAAUUUUAAUGUUGUGUUUUUUCAAUACCAUGAACAUUCGUUCAUCAUAUUUAAUCAUAACCUCGUAGAGUUGCCCAAAGAUAGUGAUGAAAAAGCACAAAGUCUAUUACGAAAUCUUACUCCAGGAUUUCAUUGUGAAUAUUACCAGAUUUAUUUUCAUUAAAUAUUAAAACAAGAGUUAAAGUGCUAAAUUAUUCAAUUUAAUGACAAAAGGUAAAUUAAAGGAUAUUUUCGAUGCUGUUAUUUUACAAAUAUGCUGCUAUUAUCAGGAAAAUCAAUCCAUUUAUCAGCAUAAAGUAUUCAAAACUUUUCUCUAUUUACCCAUCUCAUUAGUAUUUUGGGGUAUUUAUGCCUAAGGUGUGGUUCCAGUUCUAUUAGCAUUUAAAAAAAAUCAUAAUCAAAUUCGGCCAUACAAGGUUAAUACUGUAGUAUCCACCCAAACAUAUAGAAUUUUGUCUUAAACAUAACCAGCCUUACUACAUGACCACAAAAAAACUGGAACAGCAUGGAAAUUAGUUUCAAAUGUUUUUUUGUGAUUUUUUCACUUUAAAGUCUUAAUGUAAAUAAGAGAAAUCUUGUUGACUGAUCCAUUAUAAUUCACUUCAUUGAGUUGAGAUCUUUGGUUUUGUGUUGGACAACAUUUUUGGGUCCAAAACAAUACAAUUCAUUCAUGUCUUAUUACAGUAAUACAUUGUAUCUUAUCUGUCUUUGUUAUCAUGUCAUUUAUUUUUUGUGCUAAAACUUCCACACACAGCAAAUGUGAAUAUUCCAGUAUGUAGCAACUAAACAUGAUUUUUCCCCACAGAACACUAGUGGUGAAAAGCUUUGGAUAACAGCCUCACGUUGAAGAGGAUCAUUCCCUUUGUCUGCCAUUCUGCAUUGACAUUCCUAUUUGUUCUGCUUUUUCACACAUUUCAUGAUAUUCAUGAAACAUCAACACAUACAGAGGCCUUAUAACAUUGUCUGGACACAUAAAAUUGUAUUGCAUGAGAUGAGCAAAUUACUUAAGCAAGGGGUGUUUAAAAACAGCACAAAAUAUGUUUGGUUAUUAAAGGAAUUACAGAAAGUUACUUUUGCUUGUAUGUACCUUACAUACAUGAUUCAUUUGGCAUCCUUACAGUAAUUUUUGCUUUAAUUUCCAUUUUCAAAUAUUAAUUUACUUUUAUUUUUCCACUCAGUAUUCAGGUCAUUCUUGUUAUGCAGCACCUUUUCAGUAAUUGUACAACUCUUAUACAAAGGAGCAAGACUUAAUUUAAAGGAUAUAACAGACUUUCAGAAAUAUGUUUUAGGCACGUAAAUGUUAUAACUCACACAGUAGCAAGAAAAUGACCAUAGCUGAAUCUAAAAAAUGGAAAUAAAAGCUAAAGUAGCUCAGUGAGUUAGCAUAUUUCUAACAUAUCUUUUGAAAUGUUGAUAUCAUAUUUGUAUCAAUAGGAAUGCAAUGUAAACCAAUACAAGCCAAGAAAUACAACAAAACCUCAGAAUACAUUACAUCCAUUACUGCUGUGAUGUCAUAAAGGAAAUGGUUCUAGUAGUUAAUGUUUAAAGACAACUGCUAAUAUAAUUAAUAUCUACCCAAAUACCCCCAAAAUUAAUAUUCUUUGAUCAUUUCCUCACCCUCAUGUCAUUCCAAACCUGUAUACCUGACUUUACUCUGCAGAACAAAAAAGAAGAUACUUUGAAGAAUGUCGUUAACUAAACAUCAUUGGCCUCCACUGACUUUUAAAUCUAUUAAGACGUUUCUUUGAACAACAUAAGGUUGCAUAAAUGAUGAGAAUUUUUAUUUAUGGGUACACUGUCCCUUUCAUACUUUAUCUAAUAUAUAAGAAUAAUUAUGAUAUGACCUAAAAAUAAACUGCAGAGUAGGAAUCGCCUCUGGCCAUACCCUUUUUUCUUGUCUAACAAGAACUUCGCAGUGCGUUCAGUGAAGAAACGUGUGAAAAGGCAGCACUUGACCUGGGUGUCCACUAUCUUCUCUGGGAAUGCUUUCUCUCAACUGUUGCUGUGAUUCAAGUCACCCACAGCCCUGCUCCUUUCUGCAUUGCCACAGUAAUUGCCAUCCACCUGUGAGCAUGCACCUGUGUAUGUGUGUGCGCGUGCAUGAGUUUAUGGGUGUCAACUUGGCAAGCGUUUUUACAUUUGUGAUUUGACUCACAUGAAAUUUGUUUACUAAAGAUAUCCAAAUACUAUAUUGUAUGCUCGUCAUAUCUAAAUAUUAUGUGCACUACGUUUGCAUGUACAGUUUUACAAGAGAUUAACUUUGUUCUUUAGUUAUUGUUAAGAGUGAUUUGGGUACAAAAAAUGAUAACAGGAAAAUAACUGUACAAAAUGGCCUUAAUAUAUCACUGAAUUCUUGGAAUUGUGUGAUGCCUUCAGAUAUGAAUUGAUAUAUAUUUUGUGUUGGUUGUGUAAUUGCUUUUUAGUGUAUAUUAUCUUUGCUCAUAUAUAAAAAAUCUAUUGUAAUUUUGGAAUCAGUGAUUAAUCAGAGAAAGCAUGGAAGGAGCUCUGAUUGUCUAGUAAAUAGAUAUGAUGAAAUAUUAUUUCUGUAUCAAGUACUAAUUUUGGAAUAAAUAUUCUUAAUAUACACAUGGCCUUUAAGAGUCUG